AUGUCCUCACCAGCUUCGGCACCAUCUUCACUACCCAACCCAAACCGUAUUCGCAGACGAUCAGUCGACGUCGCAAAACGGUUGGCCAGCUCUGUCGCUGCCGCUGUCAAACCCACACCCAUGCCAUAUGUCGAGCCCGUGUUUGGCCGGCAACGACGAUCGCUGGGGGCUAUUCCGAUGGAGGAGCUCCGGCCCGCGGACUACCUCCCGAUGCCCCCGCGAGAGGUGCUCUUCCCGCGAUGCGAGCAGGUCGCACUGUUCAAAGAAGUCGGGUUGUUGGACCAGAUGCGGAUGUCAGGCUUGCGGUAUUGGCUUUACUGUAGUGAUCGCUACUUAUCACAUGGACUACUCUUUCAAUACCCUUCAUCUCGUUCAGGUCUUCCCAUUGAAAUAUGUUUGAAUACACAAUAA